GCGAGCUAGACGGGGAGCAGCAACAGCUAGCAAGGUGGCGGUGAAAGGACAGGGACGCGGGCGAAAGCGAGGCCGAUCAUUUAUGCGGCCGCGCCGUGUACAUAGCCACCACAAGCUUUCGCAUGUUGGCUCUUCCACAUCCUUCUCAUUCAUCUCCCACCGCUAGCAGCUAGCUGCUGUCUCUAUCUAGGGUUUACGCUGAUCGAGGAUUCGGGUGCUAGCUGGAAGGGGGCAAUCGAGCUCGGCGGCGGCGAGAUCUGCUUGGUGCUUGCUGGUGGUCGGCGGGAUAGAGGAAAUUUUUGUUGAUCUGAAGGAAUUUGCAGCCUAUUCUUGAGUUCUUCGGAUGAUAGAUCUCGGUCGAUGACGAGCGCCUCACGUUGAGAUGCUAAGCGGGAACAGCCGGCAGUCGGCGGCGGACGAGGAGCUAGCCCGGAAGCACGCCGCCAUGGCGACGUCGCGGCAAUGGUCCGCGCAGACGGAGUCGCGCAUCGUCCGCGUCUCGCGCGUCUUCGGCGGGAAGGACCGCCACAGCAAGGUGAAGACCGUCAAGGGGCUGCGCGACCGGCGGGUGCGCCUCUCCGUGCCGACGGCGAUCCAGCUCUACGACCUUCAGGACCGCCUCGGUCUUAACCAGCCCAGCAAGGUCGUCGACUGGCUGCUCAACGCCGCGCGCCACGAGAUCGACAAGCUGCCGCCGCUCCAGUUCCCGCCGCAGGACCACCACCUCAUGGUGGGCCACCUGCCCAUGCCGCUAGUGCACGAGGAGAAGUUCGGCCACAUCACCGAGGCCGCGGUGCUCGCGAGCGACGGGGCCAAGGCCGGUCUGGGCGACGUCGACGUCGACGGGAGCGGAGGAGCCCACCACCUGGGGAGGUUCCCCGGUGGCUACCACCGCUUCAUGGGGCUGAACAACCCGUUGGGCAUGGUCAGUAGCGCAAUGGCGCCGUAUAACAACUACACCGGCGAGGCAUGGAAUAACAGCAGCGUGCACGACAGCGGCGCCGGCUCGCCGCAGGUGGCGGCAUCUGCGGCGGCUCACCACUCGCCGUUUCCGUCGCUACUCUCCUUGGCUCCAGGGCCGCAUCAGCUGGUGUUCUACUCCUCUGAAGCUGAUCAGCAGUUCCAAGUGGAUAACCUUGGCUCGCAAAGCCUGUCCUUGAGCUCGGCGAGGGUUUUCCAUGAUCAGACAGGAAGUUAGCUAGCUAGACUACCGGAACUCUUCGAUCGAUCGAGAUUAAGGUAGGAAUAAAGCUAUCUCCAAGGUACCAAAGUACAGUCAAUGCUUAGUGUGGCAUUGAUUUCUAAGUGCUUUUAACGGGUAUUAAGCUUGUUGUUUCAUAAUUAAUACGUUGCUAGAUCUGAAACUGGGUAAAUUUUGCGGGGCUUGCAGCGUGUGUGCAAUACGAAUUUGUUACUUCUUUUAAUACACAAAGGAGUAAUACUAAUGUGUGCUGGCUUGUACAAUAAUAAUGUGAUUUUUAAAUGUUCUUUCUUUAUAUC